AUGCAGACUCAGAGCGUGAUCCUAUCUUCCUUCUUCUGGGGCUACAUCAUCCUUCAGAUUCCAGCUGGGGAGUUGGCUGGUAAAUUUGGAGGAAGUAUUCUGGUCACUGCUGUCAUUGUUGGAAAUUCGGCGGUGUCUUUACUCGUACCCUUGGCUGCGUAUUAUGGAGGCUGGCAAGCUCUUUGUGCCUGCCGCGUAUUACAAGAGGAAAAAAGCAGUUUAGGAACCCUUGUCUAUGGCGGGGCUCAGCUCGGUACUGCUCUGCAGUUACUGGUGUCGGGCUAUAUAGCUGACUAUUGGGGUUGGCCAGCUAUCUUCUACGUAAAUGGAGCUUUAGGCGCAAUCUGGACAGCAGUCUACGUCACAUUCGGGGCUGACUCCCCCCAGUCUUCUAGAAUGAUUAGUGCUGAGGAGAAAUUGUAUAUCCAGACCUCCUUGAAACAAGUUGGUGUGCAAAAGAAACCACAAACGCCUUGGAGAGCAAUCUGUACGUCACUACCGUUCAUAGCGCUUAUCAUCACACACUGUGGACAAAACUGGGGAUUCUGGACACUGAUGACUGAAAUGCCUUCGUACAUGAAACAAAUUCUUGGGGUUGAUAUAAAGUCUAAUGGUUUAUGGGGUCCGGCUGUAUCUUUAGUUGGGUUAUCUUAUGUACCAGCGGGUAAUAUCAAGCUUGCUGUAGCACUGUUGACCCUAGUUGUAGGUCUCAAUGCUGGACAUUAUACAGGAUUUAUGAUCGUUCACAUCGACAUGGCGCCGAACUUUGCUGGUACAUUGAUGGGUAUUACCAACUUUUUCGCAAAUAUCAUCUCCAUAGUAUCUCCGCUCAUCGCUGGACUAAUAUUGGAAGACGAGACUGAUCCUUCUCAAUGGAGACAAGUAUUUUACCUGUCAUCCGCGGUAUACAUCGGUGCUAAUUUGUUCUUCGUGAUAUUCGGCUCCUGUGAACUACAGCCAUGGAAUACUCCCAAAGAAAACCCCGAAAAAGAAACACAAAAGAGGAUCGAAAAAGUAGUUUAA